AAAUGAGUAACGCAGAAGAACUCUUGCAGGAAUUGAUGAAUAGUAAGAAGAAGGCCAGACCAAGGUUGGGCUCAGUGAAGGGUGUUGAUAUGGAAAACUCUUCUCCAAACCAAACAUCAAAUGGUGGAAAUGUUCUCAAGGAAUCAUCAAGGAAUUUGAAAUUAACUCCAUCUAAUAUGAAGGUUUUGUUGGCAAGUUUUAAAAAGAGCAGUGAUAGUAAGGGUAGACUAAGCAAGCCACAAUUUGAACAAGUUGUGGUCAAAACUCUAGGUUCUCAUUCCGAAAGUGAUUUAGUUUCGAUAGAUAAGAUCUUUGAUGUAUUUGAUGCUGAUAAGAGUGGUUACGUAGAUUUUGUAGAAUUAGCUACUGGUUUGAGUGGUACUCUCUUUACCGAUAAGAAGGAAUUAUUGAAAUUCGUUUACAACUUGAUUGAUAUCAACAAUGAUGGAACUGUUGAAAAGAAUGAAUUAUUAUCCUUCUUUAAGAGAUUCUAUGUUGGUCAAGCUAAAAUGAACGGUUAUAGAUUGAGUUCUGAAAGAUGGCAUACUCUCGAAAAGCACUUGUCAGUUGCCUUCGAUAGAAUGGAUUUGGAUGGAAGUGGAGCUAUUGACUAUGAAGAGUUUAUGGUUGCAGUUGAAGAUCCAGAUACUGCCCUAGGAUAUGCUUUCUACAAUUGUAUGAAAUUCUAAAUGUAAAUAAAUGUAUUAUCUAAUUAAAUAUUAAA